AUGAACGUAGUGGGAAAAGCUACCGCCAUACUUUAUUCGGCGGCGCUGUUGGUCCAACUUAUUGUCUUACUCGCCAUGCUUCAAGGUCACGAAGUGAUUGAAAACGAAGAGAUAAAAUACAAUAUACCGCUGAUAUCGUACUACAAUGACCCAUGUGAGUACGUGAAUAUUCUUAUGUACGUAUCGAGCUACACAGAAGUGAGACAGUUUGCCUCGUUAGUCAAAUCAAUUACGGCACAUAGCAAGUCGUCAUUGUAUUUCCACGUUAUCAGCGCUGACGAAAAGAUUCGUUCUGUAGUGAGCACAUUAAUGAAGACCUGGUUGUUACCGUCAGUGGCGUACACGUGUUACUCUGUAGAUGACUUCCUGGAUAGAUCACGUGACUUGUGGGCCACGCCGAUAGACAAGGUAAUCGUUCUCGACUUAAACGUGAUCUUCAUCCGGGACAUUUCUGAGCUUUGGGACGAGUUUCGCCAGUUCGGUGACAAUAAUUGCUUUGCUACGAUUGAGCCAAGUAUAGAGCGAUUUGACCAAACUGGAAAUGUUGUAUUGAUUGAAAUUGAAACACUCAGUAGGUUUGCUGACCAGACUGCAUUCUGGGAAAAUAUUCUACAAAGUAAUGAACAAUCCUCAUUUACUACAAAAAUAAUGAAAGCCAUAGAAACGCAACCAGGAGAGAGAUUGAAAUUACUGGCAUGUAAAUUUAACGUUGACGUAAACUCGCACAUACAGCAAUGUGUUUCAGAUAUCAGUGAUAUAGUCAGCUUUAACAUGGUACAUGUCACAGAGAAAUCGCUAAAUGAGAACGACGCCCUCUUCGUUCACCAUUUCAACAGUAUCUACGACAGUAUCGUAGAGGGCGACGGGAAUCUUCUCAGGAAUCGUAUGGUCAAAUGCCCAGUAUCUUUGACACCCAAGAAUAAAACUAAAUGUUCUUUCGUUACCGACAGAGAACAACUUGUACUUAGGUCACAUAUGUUUUAUUUGGGAGAGAACAUUACGUCACCGGAUGACGAUUUCUCAAUCUCUAUGGCCAUGCAGACUGAUUUUAGUCGGUUUGUGCAAAUGAUAGACAAGAUAUCAGUUUAUUGGACAUGUCCAAUGAGCAUCACGAUUUAUGCAACUGACGAAGAAGCCAGACAACUUUUAAAAUUCAGAAGAAUUUCGAGCACGCUUUCUCAGAGAAAAGACAUAUCAAUACAUAUCAGCUAUGUUGAAAGAGAAUUUGAAGAUUAUCCAGUUAAUCAUCUUCGUAAUGUAGCUCAAGAGGGCGCCACAACACAAUAUAUCUUCAUUACAGAGAUAGAUUAUUUCUAUAGUUUAGACAUAUGUCAAAAUCUCCAGAAUCUUGUUUCAAUGAUUGAAGAUCGAGAAAGAACUAUGGAUAAAAAGGCGAUAGUCGUGCCGGCGUUUGAAUCAAAUCGUCUCUCAGAUCGAAUGAUACCGGAAACAAAAGAGGAAAUUGUAGACAAGUAUCUGAACGAGGAAUACCAUUACUUUCACCAUACCAUAUAUCCCGGUGGACAUAAGCCAACAAACUAUGAGAGAUGGAUUGACUCGUCAGAAGAAUACAGGGUCAGAUGGAAUAGGGGUUAUGAACCUUACCUGGUGCUUAAACGAAAACAUUCACCAGAAUUUCCAAAAAUAUUUUCUGGACGUGGAUAUAACAAGGGAUCGCAUGUCAUGAGAUUGGUAGCGCAGGGUUACGAGCUCGUGGUAUCACCUGAUACUUUCAUGGUUCACAUGCCACACUGGGUCAGCGAUAGUCGACGACUCUACCUCACCAAUUUACAAUACCAGAGGUGCCUGAGCUGGGCUAAAGUUCGUUUUGAUCAACAGCUAUACUCGAGUCACAACAUCACAGAGCGAGAUAUGAGAAGAGGCGGAUUUUAA